CGCAAUGGGUGCCUCUGUUUAAUCGGUUGAAGCUAUUGAAAUGGCUCAGUUUACGAGAAUGAAAACGAUUCGGAGGCGCUGAUAAGGACAAAUAAUGACCAUAGCAAUUUUAUCACACGGAAAUCUAUAUGUCAAGCCAUGUCUAUCCGAAACGUGAUGAUACACACGAAUAAUAACAUUGUUAUGAGUAGUUUGGGUCGUAUAGACCGGCUAAAAUCAUCUGACAAACUGUAAACAAAGAUGCCGGGCGUAAGGUUGAAUCUGGUUGUGGCAGCUUGUAACAAUCGGGGUAUCGGUAUCAACGGCUCACUUCCAUGGCGACUAAAAAAAGACAUGGAAGUGUUCAAGAGGAUUACAACAGAAACCAAAGAUCCAGAUAAGAAGAAUGUAGUUAUAAUGGGACGGAAGACAUGGGUGUCCAUCCCAGAGAAAUUCCGACCUCUACCUAGGAGGAUAAACAUAAUACUCAGUCGGACAAUGAAUGAAACGCCGACCGGUACAUAUAUAGCCAGAAGUUUAGAGGAUGCUAUCUCCAUGGUAUCAGGAAACGGCGAUCUGAGAGACAAAGUGGAAAGUCUGUAUGUUAUAGGAGGAAGCUCUGUCUACAAAGAAGCCAUGGAUUACCCUUCCUGCCGUGUAUACCUGACCAGGGUGUUGGCAGACUUCGACUGUGAUACAUAUUUACCAGAGUUUGACUCACAGAAAUUUAUAAAGCUACAAAGCUGUGAAGAAGUACCAGCAGGGCGUAUGACGGAGAAUGGUGUUGAUUUUGAAUUUGAAGUUUAUGACAAGACUGAGAUAAGUCCCGACAGGAUGUCGUUCAAGGUAAUAGCAGCAAUGUGUAUCAACAGGGGUGUCGGGAUGGCGAACAGACUUCCAUGGCCAUCGUUAAGUAAAGAAUAUCGAUAUUACAUGGACCUAACAUCGAGGACAGUUGAACCUGGUAAAAAGUGUGUCAAUAUAAAAGGACGAGUGACGUGGCAAUGUACCUGUAUGGAGGAGAAGGCCCGCGGCUCCAUCAUCAACAUCGUCAUCAGCAGAAAUCCGAGUGAAGAGAUUUCAGCAGACCCGUACGUCCAUAAAAUAGUAGCCAGUUUCGAUGAUGCCCUUUUGUAUGUGGACAAUACAUUGCGAGACCAAGUGGAAACAGUAUGGGUGAUGGGAGGACAACAAAUUUAUACCGACGCCGUCAACCAUCCACAAUGUGGGGAAAUCUAUUUGACGCACAUUUAUGGUGAAUUCGAGGCAGAUACUUUUUUCCCGUCAUUUGAGGAUCGAUUCCAGGAAGAUAAGUCCGUCGACUUGGACAGAACGUUACAAGAGGAACGUGGCAUUACAUACAAGUACAAAAUUUAUUGUCCAAAGAGUCAAGCAAACUGUUAAGGAUGUGUUGCUUGUUAUCGUUUAUACGUUUGGGAAAUAUAUCAUCUUCGUUUAUUUACAUAUAUUUGUUUUUGAAUGGAUUAUCGCAUCUUAGAUUCCGCUCUUGUCACCCCUGAAGAAUGUUUUGACAGAAUUGAAAGCCAGACAAGUUAUUUGAUGUGUAAUAAAACUUCCAUGUGUGCAUAAAUCAGAAAGAAUGUGAUAAUAAAAAAACAGUAAAAUUG